AUGCUGGUAACCUGGUACGUUGACGGUGUACAUAAAGGUGCUGAUUUUGUCGUGGAACUGUGUAUGGAGAACACUGCCGAAAUCAAUAUUAUCGAGGAUUUUGUCCGUAAAUCCGCACACGAGGAAAUGGAGCGGGAUGGUUAUACCCGGUUCCCCCUCAGUAACCCAACGGGAGUUAUGGAAAUGGAACAAGACUGUGAAAAGUUCGAAAAAAUAACCGCGCCAUCCUUCCAUUACUGUAAGUUGCCGGGUGCGGAGUUUCUGACGUCGGACCUAGAGGUACGCUCCACCCAGAAUUCUCGGGAUCUAGCUAAAGUUGAAAAGGUCAGGCGUCACCUCGAAACCCGAUUCGGGAAAAAAGUCGAGGAGCUUAUAAUGCAGGGGCCCAGUAUAGUGGAGUGCGUCGCGGUUCCCGAGUCUGACCAGAAGUCGCUACUUGACUUCAUGACAGCACACCCCAUUCACACCCGUGAUGCGAUUUCCUUCUUUAUUCCGCUAACAGGAAAUGCCGACUGGGAUAACGGGUUGUUUGCGAUUUGUACUGGCUCUCAUCAUCAGAGUCUCGAGCAAUUUUACCGCCAGCCUGAGCGAUAUAUUCACCGGAUUGUGGUCGAGCAAUACUGGGUCCUUCCAGUUGAAGGGGCGACCUUUGUUCAACCGUCGCCGAACGGUGCUUGCAGGCUGCUGGACAUUCUAUCUGCCAUGGCGGGAAGGAAGCCCCAGCGUAUCAUCCAGGCAAAGGAUAUCUUUGAUUGCAUGCUGCGCCAAUUGAAUAACGUCUCAAAAUAUUUUGAAAAGGACCACACCCAGUUAGUCUUGAGGAUCGAUCCCAAACCAGACCAAGACAUCCGAUUAGCUGCUCUGUUCAUGAGUGGAGAAGACCCCUGGGAUAGGAGUUUUUAUCGACUACUGGGUUCAAGGGGUAUGGUCAUCCCAAAGACCUACGGCAUGGUUAGCAAAUUUCUGCGCAACCAAGGGCUAGAGGCCUCUACAUUUGUUAGAGAGGCAUUACGGUCUGGUCAGAUCCUUCUCCGUAUUGAGGAGGGUGUUGGAGUUCCGGGAAUCUCCUUGUGUCUGCUCCCGGUAUUCCCGAAACUCCAGCACUUGCCACGGGACGAAGAAGCCAAAGCCAUACAGUUAUUAAAAGGUAGUUCGAUGAUUCUAAGAUUGGCUGCGCGCCUGUCCCCUCUGCUUGUUGGGCGUCAUGGAUACCAAGCAUGGUACAACUAUCACAUCGGAUCCCUCAAGAUUAGUUUUCAGGCUUUGGAGUUAGAGGGUUCGCACACAACUCCAGCCUCGGAUCCUAUUCGCUGUACUUGA